CUCGUCGCCGCGGGUCCAGACCGACCGAGCCACGACAGCCAUGCCCGCCAACGAGGAUACCACCAGCGGCACCACGUUGACGCGCGGAACGGAACCCGGAAGUGCCGCGGGACUCCGGCACGACGGGAAGACGUCCGGCGAACGUCCGCGGGCGGAACCGCCGUCACCCCCGGCGGGCCGCCAGCUCGUCAACGGCACCGAGGAACGAGGGGGCGGCGAGACACUCCGGGACUUCCGUAGCGUGCCGCGUCGGGACGUUCAUGAGAAGCUUUUCAGGGACUUCUUCGAGCUGGUGCUGCAGCGCGCGGUGUUCCAGCCCACCUCCGGAGAGGAUCGCGUGGUAGAAUGGGUGGAUCCUCACGACCUGCGCUCCAUAGUUGAUCUCUCGUUACCAGCCAAAGGCGUCAGCCACGAGGAGCUGCUGAAAUUGACGCGCGACAUCAUCAGGUACAGCGUGAAGACGGGCCAUCCGCACUUCGUGAAUCAGCUGUUCUCCAGCCUGGACCCGUACGGUCUGCUGGGCCAGUGGCUGACAGACGCGCUCAAUCCGUCCGUCUACACCUAUGAGGUAUCCCCGGUGUUCUCUCUGAUGGAGGAGGACGUGCUGCGGGAAAUGCGCGCCAUCGUCGGCUGGCGCAGAGGCGAGGGCCUCUUCUGCCCCGGCGGCUCUAUGGCGAACGGAUACGCCAUCAAUCUGGCGCGGCACUAUAGAUACCCGCACCUGAAGCAAACCGGGCUGUCGCGGAUGCCGCGGCUGGUGGUAUUCACAUCGGAGGACGCGCACUACUCCGUGAAGAAGCUCGCCGCGUUCCUCGGGAUCGGCUACGACAACGUGUACCUGGUGAAGGUCGACUCCCGCGGCAAGAUGGUGGUCCCCGAUCUCGAGGUCCAGAUCGCCCGCGCCGUCGAGGAGGGCGCCGCGCCGCUCAUGGUGUCCGCCACCGCGGGCACCACCGUGAUCGGCGCGUUCGAUCCCCUGAAAGAGAUCGCGGAAGUCUGCAGGAAGCACGGCCUCUGGUUCCACGUGGACGCCGCGUGGGGCGGCGGUGCACUCGUCUCCGGCGCGCACCGCGGCCUCCUGGACGGCAUCCAGCUCGCCGACUCCGUCACCUGGAAUCCCCACAAGCUGCUCGCCGCGCCGCAGCAGUGCUCCACCCUGCUGCUCCGCCACGAAGGUUUGCUACAAUCGGCGCACGGCUGCGGAGCGAGCUAUCUCUUCCAGAACGACAAGUUCUACGACCCGUCGUUCGACUGCGGCGACCGGCACGUGCAGUGCGGCCGCCGUGCCGACGUCCUCAAGUUCUGGUACAUGUGGAAGGCGAAGGGCACGCGCGGCCUCGAGGCCCACGUCGACCGCGUGUUCGCGCUCUCGCGUCACUUCGCGGAUCUCAUCAGGACCCGCGAGGGUUGGCACCUGCUCGUCGAGCCGGAGUGCACCAACGUUUGCUUCCGCUACGUCCCGCCGUCGAAGAGACACCUGUCCGGCCGGGAACACGAACAGGCGCUCCACAAGAUUGCACCAAUAAUCAAGGAACGUAUGGUGCGAGCCGGAACGAUGCUGAUUACGUACCAGACGUUGAGAAAUAUGCCGAACUUCUUCAGAAUGGUGCUACAGAACUCGGGAUUAAUGGAGGCGGACAUGAAGUUCUUCGUCGAGGAGAUAGAAAGGCUCGCUGCGGAUCUUUAAUUAGUUUGAAUAGCAAUUACUGUAAAUAGCGAUAUAAAGUUUAUGUAUGUAUCAUUAGCAUGAGAAAUAGUUACGCUUGGUAAAUCGACCUGACCGUGAAGAAAAAAAAAUAAGGCGCGAUCGCUAACGUCUUUUCCUUACGUCUCGAUCUUUUUAAUUUAUGCGCAUGAUGCAUUUAAUUUUAAUUAUAUGUUAUAAUUUUUCGCUUUAGUUCAUGUUGAAAUUAAAUAAGCUAUUAUUUUCUUCUUCAAAUCUCAUUCAUAUCCUACGUACGAAUUAAUAGAAGUCAAUUAAAAAAAAAAAUCAAAUCAAA